CCAAGAGAGGGCACUCGGAGACACUUUGCCAGGGGUUACACGCACAGUUGUGCCGCCCAGUUUGUCCCGGUUUGGGAACAAACCGGCAGCUCCUCCCCUGCCAGUUGGGACGCUCUGGUCACCGCUUGCCUGUGACCGGACUUGGAAAUCAGCAGGAGAAAAGAGUCCACCAGGACAGUCCAAGGAGCUGAACGGACUUGGACAGGAGCACAGGGAGCACCCGAAGGCAGCUCUGCCUGAGCUCCCAGGGCUCUAACACCCAGCAGAAGUUGUUCUGCCCCGUGCAGAUCCUCUGCCCACGCUGGGAAUGGCAGAGGCCGGCGCCAGCGUCCUCCUCCUCCGCACCUGCCUGGCGCUGCUCGCCUUCCCCAUCUACCUGCUCUCCUUCCUGGGCGUGUGGGAGCCCUUCUGCAGGAAGGUGUUUUUCCCCUUCAUCUUAGACAAGAUCGCCGCAGUUCACGACAAGAAAUCAAAGAAGCACAAACAGGAGCUGUUCCGGAACCUCCCCGACUUCCGGAGCCCCUCGGGGGAGCUGAGGCUGCUGGAGAUCGGCACCGGCGGCGGCUCCAACUUCCAGUUCUACCCCUCGGGCUGCAAAGUCACCUGCACCGACAUCAACCCCAGCUUCCAGGAGAGCCUCGCCAAGAACAUGAAGAAGAACCAGCACCUCCACUACGAGCGUUUCCUGGUGGCUGCAGGGGAGGACCUGCACCAGGUGCCCGGCGGCUCCGUGGACGUCGUGGUCUGCACCCUGGUGCUGUGCUCGGUUCAGAGCGUGGGCAGCACCCUGAGGGAAGUGCUGCGGGUGCUCCGGCCGGGAGGAGCUUUCUAUUUCUUGGAGCACGUGGCCGCCGAGCAUUCCAGCUGGAAGUAUUUUUGGCAGCAGGUCUGCUUCCCGACUUGGAAACUCGUCUUUGCUGGAUGCUGCCUCACGAGAGAGCUCUGGAAGAAUCUGGAAGAGGCCAAGUUCUCGGAGCUGAAGGUACAACACAUAAGUCUUGCGCUGCCCUGGACGCCCAUCGAGCCGCACAUCGUGGGGUACGGGGUGAAGUAACCCCUGUCCUGCCCGGCUGCUCCCUGUGCCCCCAAAAUUCCUCGUCCUGACCAGCACACCCAGCACGGCACAGGCUCCUCAGCACGUCCCUCUCUCUGUGAAGGUCUUAAAUCAGAAACUGAAUUAAGUGAGAAGAGAG